ACCUUGAACGUUUUCAAAGCCUGCUUAAAAUCCAAAUCUGUGAAAAGGGUUGUUUUCACAUCUUCCAUUAGUACUCUCACUGCCAAAGAGUACAUCACUGGAAAUUGGAGAUCUGUAGUUGAUGAGUCUUGCCAAACUCCGGUUGAUCAUGUCUGGAAUACAAAAGCAAGUGGAUGGAUUUAUGUACUUACAAAGCGUCUCACGGAGGAAGCAGCAUUUAAAUUUGCAAAUGAAAAUCAUAUUGAUCUCGUCUCAGUAAUAACUAGUACUGUUGCUGGUCCAUCACUCACUUUGGAUGUCCCCUCAAGCAUUCGAGUUCUCUUGUCUCCAAUUACAGGAGAACCUGAGACCUUUAGGAUAUUAUCUGCUGUGAAUGCAAGAAUAGGGUCGAUUGCUUUAGUUCACAUCGAAGAUAUAUGCAGUGCCCACAUAUUCCUUAUGGAGCAUGCUAAAGCAGAAGGUCGAUACAUAUGCUGCGCCCAAAAUUGUCAAAUGUCCAAGUUGGUUGAGCAUCUAGCUGGGGAAUACCCCUGCUCUAAUAUUAGGUCUGUAGAGAAAGAAGAAAACCUAGUCCCUCAUGAAAUUUCUUCCAGGAAGCUAAGAGAUCUGGGUUUCAAUUACAAACAUGGCUUACAAGACAUAAUACAUGAGACAAUCACUUCUUGUUUAGAGUAUGGUUUUUUACCUCCUGCAAAGUAAUGGACGAUGCUACGUUGGUAAACUGAAUCUUUCGAUGCAAACUGGUGUAGCAUUCAAAUGCGGUGGGGUAUCUGGUUGCGACUCUUUGCAAAAAUUUAGCUAAAAAGCUAUUUCAAAGAGCUCAUGCUUUGAAUCAUUGUUAAGAUAAAUAAAAUCCAACACAGACACAGCAAUUGUGGCACUCCAGAUGAAGGGUCUAAAUCAAGGAGUCGUGUGUGUUCAUCUGCUGCCAAACUACC